UUUAGAGAAUGUUCAGAAAGCGAGUGAAAAUCGAAGAAAACACGCAGCCCGUGGAAAGUCAGCAGCAGGAUCAGAAACAGGAGCAGCCACAUCCCACCGAAUCCAACUUGGACUCGUGGAGGAGCUGCCUCCUGCUGGCUUCUGGCCAUGGACGCCUGGUGGCUACCAGGCCCUACAACACGGUGGCCAACUUUAACGUCAUGCCGCCUCUCAAAGCGAUGCCCGUCAAGGACGAGGAGCGACUGGAGAGGAUCUUCAAGCAACUGGAUCGCGAUGGUGACGGCCGCAUCGAUAUCCAUGACCUGUCGGCGGCCCUGCACGAUCUCCAUGGCCUGUCGGGUGUCUAUGCCGCCAGGUUCCUGCAACAACAACCGGAUUUCGGGACAGGAUUGGGCCUAAGCUUUGCCGAAUUCCUGCACUAUGUGCGUGAGCAUGAAAAAAACCUGGUACUGCAAUUCUCGCGACUGGACAUGAACGGCGAUGGGCAGGUGAAUGUUGAAGAAUUGAUAGCCGCCUUCAAGGAUCUCGGUUUGGACAUAGACCUGGACGAGGCAAAGAAUCUGCUGACACGGAUUGACAAGGACGGAAGCCUGAAUAUCAGCGUUAACGAGUGGCGGGAUUUUAUGCUCUUGGCUCCGUCCAAGGAUAUCAGGGAUUUGAUUCAGUUUUGGCGACACUCUACCUACCUGGACAUUGGUUCGGAAAUGAAUCCCAUACCCGAUGAUUUUCUGGAAGAGAAUCUGAAAACAGGCGUGUGGUGGCGACACUUACUAGCUGGCGGCUUAGCCGGUGCCGUUUCCAGGACCUGCACAGCCCCACUGGACAGGAUUAAGGUGUAUCUGCAGGUGCAAACCCAUAGAAUGCGCAUCACCGAAUGUAUGCAGAUUAUGCUCAAGGAGGGCGGUUCACGGAGCAUGUGGCGUGGCAAUGGCAUUAAUGUGCUCAAAAUUGCCCCCGAAACGGCCUUGAAAUUUACAGUCUACGAGCAGAUAAAGCAACUGAUAAGAGGCAAGGAUGCCGGCCGUCAGAUGAGCAUAGCAGAGCGUUUCUAUGCCGGUGCUGCUGCUGGUGGCAUCUCUCAGACCAUCAUCUAUCCCAUGGAGGUGCUGAAAACCCGUCUGGCAUUGAGGAAAACGGGUCAAUAUACUGGCAUAGCCGAUGCUGCGGCCAAGAUCUACAGGCAGGAGGGUGCCCGGAGUUUUUAUCGUGGAUUUGUCCCAAAUAUCCUGGGUAUCCUGCCGCAUGCCGGCAUCGAUCUGGCCCUGUACGAGACUCUGAAGCGUCAGUAUAUCGCCAGUCAUGAGAGCAACGAGAAGCCUAACUUUUUGGUGCUCCUCGGUUGUGGCAGCACAUCGAGUGCCUUGGGCCAGCUGUGCUCCUACCCGUUGGCCCUCGUCCGGACUCGGCUGCAGGCGCAGGACGCCGAAACGAUUGCCAAUGAGGAGGCGCAACGGCAGAAGCAGAUCCCCAUGACAAUGCGGGGUCAGUUCCGGAAGAUUGUCAGAAAGGAGGGUCUGGUGGGUCUGUAUCGCGGCAUUAUGGCCAACUUUCUCAAGGUCCUGCCUGCGGUGUCCAUCAGCUAUGUGGUCUACGAGUACUCCAGCACUGUGUUGGGCAUUAAAAUGUCCUGAGAUAUCCUUCAUUUUUUGUUUGGCGUUGGAAAAGGAAUG